AUGGUGUGCUCUGCUUCUCCUGAGAAGACCAUGCCCACUGAGCCGCCAACAUCGCUUGAGUACCUCUUCCGGCGUUGGGGGCUCGACCCCGCCCUUCGGCACUACCAUGGCCGGAGUCUUGGGAUCGAACAUCUGUAUCCUUGGCAGGCAAGAUGCCUUGCGUUGCCCGGAGUCGCAGAAGGACGGCAGGAUCUCUUGUACUUUGCGCCAACGAGCGGGGGCAAGACCAUGGUUGCUGAGCUUCUUUUGCUGCUCAGGGUCAUGGGUCUACCCCUGGCGUGUUCCACGGGAGAAGGAGAGGACGAGGGACGAGCGGCUACUGCUGCUGCUGCUGCUGUUGUGGAGAGCGGGGCGGUAACGGGUCUGCCGCGAAAAGACCAAACCGCUACUACCAGGAGGGCAAUAAUCGUCCUUCCCUUCGUCAGCAUGGUGACGGAGAAGGCAAAGCACCUGCAGAGUAUUGUGGCGCCCUACAACCGCGGCAGGCCUAAGAAGAAGAGGAUACAGGUUAGAGCCCUGCACGGGGCAAAGGGCGGCGACCUUAAGCAAGCCCAGAUCGCGGUGUGCACGAUCGAGAAGGCGAAUGGCCUGGUCAAUCGCAUGGCGGCUGCCGAUGAGCUGCACGAGCUGUCGUGUCUCGUGGUGGACGAGCUGCACAUGAUCGGGGACGGUGGACGAGGUCAGAUACUGGAGCUCCUGCUGGCCAAGGUGGUCCGAGCUAACCGGGGCGCUGCUGUAGCACCUGCAGUACCCCAAGCAGAAACCGAUGCAGACGUUGGUAGCAACCAGCCGGCACCGCCGAGACAGCACACCCAGAUCGUGGGCAUGAGCGCGACGCUGUCCAACGGUGCGGAGCUAGCCAAGUGGCUCGGUGCGACUCUCCACGUGUCGGACUUUCGGCCCAUUCCUCUGGACGAGAGGGUCGUGCUUGGGAUGCACGUAUACGACAAAGAGGGAUUCGUCGUCAGGGAGUUUGCCGCGCCGGCGCACCCCCAGUCAGACCCAGACCAUGUUGUGACUCUAUGCAGGGAGAGUUGCCGCGCGGGGGACCAGGUGAUAAUCUUUUGCUCCACCAAACAGUUCUGCCACAACUGCGCUCUCAAGGAAACCAUCCCUCAUGGAGUCGCCUUUCAUCACGCCGGCCUGGCCGACACUGAACGAUCGGCGAUCGAGAAGGCGUUUCGAUCCGGGACUCUGGACGUGCUCGCGGCGACUUCGACCCUUGGCGCGGGGGUUAAUCUCCCUGCAGGAAGAGUGAUAUUGAGGAACAUCAACGCCGUUGGAGGGGGGUUGAGCGCCACAAGCUACCGUCAGAUGGCCGGGCGGGCGGGGCGAAAAGGCGCGGGAAGAGCUCGCGGAGAGGCGCUGCUAAUCGCUGCCAACAAGGGGCAGGCGGCGCGGGCAACAGGCCUCAUGAACGCCGGUCUCGCAGCCGUAAGGAGCGCGUUGACGCCGACGGCGGAUGGGGGCACGGGUUUCACGAGGAUGUUUCUGGAGGCCGUCUGCGGGAAGCUGAUUCGAACUCGAGCAGAUCUACGGACGGGCUGCCCUGCGGUUUCUUCCCCCAACAUUACGUGCACGUUGAUCUUCCACCAACAGCCCGACGAAGCUGCCCGCGACCGGCUCCACGACUACGCCUGGGCAGCCAUACAACUCCUCAUCGACGAGGGCUGCGUGGAGCUCAUCCAACGGCCGACCCCGGCUGUGGCCAAACCAAUCGCCACCGCCACAAAGGCUACGGCUUCCGCCUCCCUCGUUGCUGCCACUACAAGUACAUCGGGAGGAGGAGGAGGAGGAGGAGGAGGAGGUGGAGGAGGUGGAGGAGGAGGAGGAGGAAAAGGUGGAGGCAACAAGCGUGUCGCAGAUACCGCUACACACGUCCCCGCUACGUACGUCCCGGCAACGAAACGGUCGAAGCCCAUUGUCGUUGGACAGAAGCUGGGGGUGCAGACACCACCCGUUGUAUACAAUGACACCGCCGCCGCGGCGAGAGCUCGUCGUGCUACCGCGGCGAUGUCGUGCGAAGCUCAGCAUGGGGACUUCCGCAAGGAGCCCAGAAGCGGUGGUCUUGGUAGUGCAAGCGGGGUGGAGGAGGCGGGGAGCGAUGACCGAUUACUGGUGCCCACGAAGCUAGGGCUAGCCAUCUUCCGCAGCUCGAUGCCGCCUGGGGACGGGCUGAUGAUCUACAGGGAUCUGUCAGAGGCGAAGAACGGGAUCAACCUCCGCCACACCCUCUACCUGGCCUACCUGCUCACUCCACUGAGCCCGCCGGCGGGACUCAAGCCGAACUGGGAACGGUUGCGGGCGAUGUACGCCAGCGCGCAAGCUGCGGCGGCAGAAACGCCCCCAGGCCCAAACGCUCACCUCGUCGAAGACUUCCACAAAAUUGGUAUCACAGAGAGCCAACUGCACCUGUGGGCGUCGAGGGGGCCGGGCGGGGGCACAAGGGAGGCUCCGCUGCUAUCUCCGACGGCCGUGCAGCAGGCUGCUAGUGCUAGGCGCGGCGGCCGCGGCGAGGACGGUAAAACGGGGACCAGAAGAGAUGCCCGCGGAAGCGAGGAGAAGAAGCCUACGGGAUUGAACCCGGCCAAGAGAGCGGUGCGUCUCGUCGCGGCCAUGGCAUUGAAGGACGUCUCGGAUGGUUACCACCUUGGACAGGUGGCGAAGUCGUACGGCAUGAACAAGGGAGAGCUGCAGAACCUGCGACAGUCGACUGCUACCUUCUCGGGAAUGGUGGCGUCGUUCCUCAAGGAGCUCGGAUGGACGAUAUUCCUGAUGUUGGUCAAGGGACAUAUACCGAAGCUGAGCUUGGGCGUCAGCAACCAACUUCUACCCCUUAUGCAGGUCCCGGGCAUGUCUCGGACGGAAGCCAGCGCCCUGUUCCAGGAAGGCAUCGUCAACGCCAAGAGCCUGCUGUCGGCUUCUAGCGACAGGGUGGCCACGGCCCUCAGGAUCAACGUGCCGUUCCGCACCGCCACGAAAGGGGGGAGGGGUAAAGACCGAGGCGCGGGGGGGUGCUUCCGCUUCGAGAGGAGGGCUCAGAUGCUCGCGGAUUCCGCUAGGGCGGUAGACACCAAGAGAGAGAAGGGUAACAAGACGCAGGCGAUGAAGCUUCUUAAGGCGGUGCGUAGCAGGCUAGGGAGCGGCGGCGGAGCAGUCGGCGGCGCUCUGGCGGAACUAGGCGGGGGAAACGACCUCGUCUGCAUUGUGCCCAAGGGCCGGAAGCGCAAGCGGUCUCGGGGGCUCAGCUCCGGCCGUAGACCGGGGCAUGGCGGUGGCGGUGGCGGCAACCUAGGCGAAACAGGACUUAGCGACGAUGACGUCGAAAGCGACAGCGACGGCAGCAACAGCGAUGAAGACGACGACGAGGACGAUGACCUUAGCGAGGGGGGCGACGAGAUUGACAAUGCCGUGGCGGCGUUCUUGUCCGGGGUCGCGGAGGACGAGGACGACUCUGACGACUCUGGCGGUGAUUGUGGUGGGGGCGGCGGAGACAAGGACGGCGAUGUGGGCAGCAGCGACGCGGAGGAAAGACGACCUCAAGAGGGCGGGGGUGGUGCUGUCGUGGGAGGUGGUUGCGGCGGACUGAAGCUGGACGACGGGAACCAGGGGAUAGGUAGGUUACUGGCAGCCCAACCAAUGUCGGCGUGGGCUCCAUCUCCCCACCAACAACAACAGUCCACGGUACCACUGCUAGAAAUCCGCGAUUCCGCGGCAGGGGUAGCGCAGCGAGCACCGCAGCAGCAAGGAGCCGGUAGCGAUGGCCGCUUGCGUGGAUCUGUCCCUGCGAGAGACACGCAACGAGGGCUGGGCAAGUCAGAGGUUGCCCCCUCGGUGGGAGCGGGAUGGCCGAUCCAACGGUCUGGUCCGUUCCGCGGAGCUGGCGGGUCUGAUGGGCAGGGGCUGGUCGUCGCCGCCGAGGAGUCUCCCGCCAUGUCGGCGGCCGAAGCCUUGAUGACCCCAAAAAACAGCUGCUGUGGCAACGGGGGGAAGCCUGGCUCCCGUGAGAAUGACCGCACCAUGAGGACCCCCGUACGGCGGCUAUCCCCAGACUCCGGGUCGUCGUCCUUUCUGUACGAGGCCGGGACAGACAGUUGCCCGGCGAUCCUUGGUUCUGCCGACGGCGAGGACAACAGCGAAGAUCACUUCCCUCUGGACGUAGGAGGAACAGAGUCAACGUCUAGAAGAGAUUCAGCCGCCGCCGCCGUUGUAGCUGAAGAGCAAGGGGAUUUGCGGAUCGGUCCCGCAUUUGCGGCGUGUCGUGGUCUGCGCGCCCCGACUGCCGGGAAUCAAGCAAGAGGGAGCCACCGCAGCGCUGAGGGUAGGAGGCAAGUGGAUUCCUCGGACGUGUUCGCCGGGGGGGCGGCGGCGGUGGCGGAGUUCUCUUCGGCGUGGCGGCGCUCGAAGUGCUUCUCCUUCGUGCUCGGUAGCCGCGACUUGCGGUGGCUCAGGAACAGCGGCAGCGGUCAUGGCGGGGGAGCGGGAAGAGGGGAUCGGCGUGCGUGGGAGUACCGGCGGUCGUGGGAGGCGUUGGUGGCAUCACCAGCAUUGCCAGUGGCGCCUUACACGGUUCCGUCGGGCGGGGAGGGCGGCGUUCCUCUGUCUCAGCGUGGGCAUGGAGAAUCGUUGCGAGUGGUGAGCGGCAUCGCCAUCUCCUUUGACGGCCAGACGUCACGCUAUCUGCCGCUGCCUCCUCUCCUGCCGAGCCGUUCCGCCGCUUGGCAUCAGUCCCCCUCUGACUGCGCCGACCACGCCAGACGAACCAGCGGGGGGGGGAGCCGUGUUGAACCUGGGAGCAAUGGAAAGGGGGUCGGCGUGGGCAGGGCUUCAGCUCGCUGGGGGGCACUGCCCGGGGGCGCGCUGGAGUCUAUCGCCCUGUUUGUUGGGUUUCCUUGGCUGUGCGCCGGCUGCGGCAGCGAGCGACACAGCACGAGGUGCCGUAGUCACAGCCUGGCUGACGACGGCGUUGACGACGGCGGCGGUAAUGGCAGCGGGAAGAGGCGCCGGCGCAAGCUCAGACCUUGGAACCAGGCUCUCCUGGUCUGCCGUAGGUGGAACGCGCUUGGGGUCGAGGCGCUCAACCGACUGACAGCUGAAGAGCCAAGUGGUCGGUGGGGGUUGCUCAGAGACGUGAUGGAGGAAAAAAAUACGACAAAGGUCUGUCUGGAUAUGAAGGGCUCUCUAGUUUGCCUCCGAUCUCUCGGCGUGAACGUGAAAGGGCCCCUAGAAGACCCCGCCGUGGCAAGGUGGCUUGCGGAGCCCCCCAUCGAGGACACCGCGCAACUACAGCAGCAGCAGCAGCAGCAGUUGAAGCGGGCAUCGAAGAAGCGGAAGACACCGCUACCGCCGCCCCGCGCUCCUCCCGCGAGUCUAGCCCUAGCGAGGCCGCCGGUUGAUGUGGUGGACCUCUGGUGUUUGCAGGCUGCGGCGACGCUGUCCUUUAUGGCAGAGAAGGAGCAGGCUCUCAAGGAUCUGAGCCUCACGCUCCCGUUCUUUCUUCUCGAGAUGCCGGCGGUUUCGGCGGCGGCCUUGAUGGAGUAUUCUGGCCUCACACUCAAGGUUGGUCUUGUCGUCGGCGCGCGCAGAGAAGUGGAGCUUCGCUUGGACGACCUAGAAAGGCUCGCGGAACAGCUCGCUGGAGACUACGAGGGCCUAAGCUCGCCGCUCAUGGUUUCACUCGACUCUCGGUGCUUGGCGUCUGGUGCGGCGCUUCCUUCUUGGUAG